AUAUCUUUUUGGUAAUCUUUUUUGGUCAUUCUAAUGGGAAGCUCUGUGAUGAUCAACGCCCCAUCGUCGCCCAAUUAUCGGACGCCAGAGAACGAAGGCGGUGAUUGUUAUGCGUUCAAGGUCGAAACAUAUCUUUCAGAUCUGAAUCAGCAAUGCCAGGGCAUAGGGCACGAGGUAUCUCGAUUUAACUGUUACUGUGUAGAAAACGAAGAUAAAUUAAUGCAUUUGAAGAACAGGAUUGAAGAAUUUAACCAAUGUGAAAUCCAAUUAACUCAUGAAACCGAACAACUUGAACGGAAAGUUCUAAUGUCGAUUCUCCAAAAAAGGUUUGAAGAUGAUGAAGUGGAGAAAUUUAGGGAAGUGAAAGAAAUUGAAGGAUAUGAGUUUUCGAAAGGGAAGAAAUUGGAACAAGAUUUUGUGGAUUUGAUGCUUCAAAUAGGGAAAAUAAACGAUAAACUUAAAGACUUUGGGAUCGGAAUCGAAGAAACCAAGAAGUGUGAAGAAAGUGAGAUUUUUAAAGAGUUGGGCAUCGAUCUAUAUGGUCAGCAAGGGAAUCUGUGUCAACUAGUUUCGGAUAAGGAAGAGACAAUGGAGAACUUUGAGAAGUUGCGAAAUGCUGCUGAUAACAUUGAGUGGGGUGAUGGUGAUGUUGAAUAUCAAAUAAAAAAGGUGAGCGUGAGUGAUAAUGUUGAGGAAGAAGAGAUCGGGGACAUUGGAACACAAGAGUUGGGCAAGGAAAUCGAGCUCUUGGAGGCGAUGUUGGAGAGGGGGAGUGUUGAAUUACUGGAUCUGAAGGCAAUAAUGGAAGAAAUCGAAGGCUUGAAAGGACCGGAGAAGGUGGUGAGUGAUAUAGAAGUGAAGAUGGGGGAGUUCGAGCCUGGCUUGUGGGAGCUGAAGAGAGCUAUUGUGGAGUUGAAAGAGAAAGAUGAUGAAAAACUCAAUUGGGGUUCAAUUAUUGCCUCAGUUGGAGUUGCAGUUGUAGCUGUUGCCGCCAUGGUUUUCAUAGGGCGCCCAAGGUGGGGUGAAGAUUUAGCAGAGAGAAGAAACAAGCAUAAAACCGGUUAGAUUUCU